GUCUAAGUAAUUGCAUGCCUCAAAAGUCAAAAGAUAAAAAUAACAAUGAAGGCGGGGAAGAGCAAGGGCACUAUUAGAAUUUAUGACACAAGGGGAGGGGUAAAUACGUCCAAUUCGAGUACGAAGAGGAGAAUGCUAGGGUUCCAGUCGAAUGCGGGACAUAUAAAUACGUUUGUAUCUUGGCAGUCGCAGAAUUCAAUAGCCUCUCUUGAAAUCUCGGUUGAAUCGAAUCGGAACAAUGGGCGUUUUCACUUUCGUGUGCAAAAGCUCCGGCGACGAGUGGUGCGGCAAGCAGAUCUCCGGUGACUUGGAGGCAUCUGCGGGUUCCACCUUCGACCUGCAGAGGAAGCUCGUUCAUGAUGUUCUCGCCACCGAUUCCUCCGGCGGAGUUAGGUCUUCGUUCUCGCUCAUCUCUCCCAGCUCUGCCGUUUUCCAGGUGAUCGUCGGUGGCGCUGUUGCAGGCGGAGGGUUCACCAGCAGCGGUGGUGGCGGUGGCGCAGGAGCAACAGCAGCGGCCGCAGCGGAGCCUGCAGCAGAGGAGAAGAAGAAGGAAGAGGAGAAAGAGGAGAGCGACGAUGAUAUGGGUUUCUCGCUGUUCGAUUAGGUUUUUCUUUACGCAGUAUUUGUCUGUUUUAGUUAUCGUUUUUUAGCAGCUAUGGAUGGAUUUCCUUAUUUCUACAGUAUCAAUGUUUAAAGGGGGGUUUCUGGGAUAUUGAGAAUUUUGAGAAAUUCCCUAGUUUAAGUUCACAAUUUUUGAUCUUGAUGAUUAUACAUCAAUGUGUUUUUGCAUUAGCUGUGUUCUUGAUCGAUGCUUGCUAUAAUUCAUGAUUAAAUAACUUAGGAUAGCGUAGCCCAUCGUUAUAUGCUUCUCUCAGUAUGGUUAGCUUACCUAGGCUGCAGAAUUGAAGUUUCCUUCUGGCAUUGUGAAGGAAGUUCCAUGAUCAUAGCCAAAACCCUUCUGGGUAAAGGUUUACAAAGGAACGGGAAUUAGGUUUUGAAAUUAUCAUGCUGUCUUUUGCCACAGCCAUGGCUUUCGUGGCUUGUCAAGUGUUACUGUGUUGUUUGUUUGAUCCAAGG